GAUAAAUUGAUCAGCUAUCUAACCCAAAUGUAUCAAAUCCAUGAGUGUGUUUCAACAGGUGAAAGGUGCCACGGAAGAAAGAUGUGCAGAGAUUCCAGAAAACCUAAUUCAGAUAACUCCUGGAGAUUGGGUAUACAUCCAAGUGUACAAACGAAGGUGGGACCAACCAAGACGGGAAGGCCCAUUGAAAGUCCUAUUAGUAACACCAACAACCCUCAGAGUAGAAGACAAAUAUGGCAGAAAACAUCAAUUGGAGCUCUAGUUAUGGGAAAUGCUGAGAUGAGAAGUAUGGUCGACACCAUGGUUCUGCCAUGGGCUGAGGUCAACUAUGCAUCCCAACCAAACAGGGCCCAGAUGAUCCAGGAACUGGCUCUGCCACAGCCAGUAGGGACCAGGCACCACAACCUCCCAAUCUCAGCUCCAGCAGGACCAAACCUACAGCACCCAAUCGUACCAGAAGCAGCGCCAAAACCAGGACUGAGAGACGUAGAAUCAUCAGAAACUACGGUGGAUAGUGAUGACAGCACCAUGGCUGAGACGCAGGGGAACAUGUCCACAGCCCCACAAGCUGCCAACAUGACACCAGCAUUACCAGUGUCUGAAUGGGACAGUCCAAUGAUGACCAUGCCAGCAGAAAAUUUCAGGAGGGUGAUGAAAGAACUAUCACCGACGGACACCCAUUAUUAUCGCACCCUGAGAAGAAAACAGCAAGUAGAGCUACAAACUCAAUCAAAUCGAGCAACGUAAAAACCUGAGGAGUAUUGCAAAGGAUCAUGACCAGUGCCAUUAGGGCACAGGAUGAGGAGAUAAAGAAGAGUGGGUGGUAAAGUGGAGACCAACCUGCAAGAAUAAGGGGACAAACCUCUCAGGGGCCCUCUACAACGUAUAAAGUAUCUGGGUUACCCAUCACCUUUGCAAAACAACCGUCAGAUAAAAGCACUGGACAAUCUGUUAAAAUGCACUGGACUCAGUAAUCACACCACUGGUUAAAUAAAAGGGAAAUC